AAGAAGACUGAAGACGCAUACACAUUCGGAGUGUUUCUGUCUCGCGUUUUCAUUUGAAUUUGUACCUUGUGUGUUUCGGUGAAUUCUGCCCUGCGUGGGCCCAGUCUGACCCACCACAGUAUUUCGUUCGGUUUGUGCUUGGCAUCCUUUCCCUCCCUGCUGUACGGCGAUAACUGGCAUACGCCUUAAUACGUGUUUCGUAGGUUGUCCUUGGCCGUCUUUUUGUUUGAAAUCAUAGCUGGCUAGCAAGCUAGCUGUCUAGAUAACUGGCUUACCUGGCUAAGGUUAUAGCUAUUUAGCUAUUGGUUAGCUGUACAGCAAGCUACAUAAAACAUGUCAACCACUGGCGGCGGAGAGUUCGGUAACCCCCUGCGGAAAUUCAAGCUUGUUUUCCUGGGAGAACAGAGCGUGGGGAAGACUUCACUCAUAACUAGGUUUAUGUAUGACAGCUUUGACAACACAUAUCAGGCAACUAUUGGCAUAGAUUUUCUGUCAAAAACCAUGUAUUUGGAGGAUCGUACGAUUCGGCUCCAGCUGUGGGACACGGCCGGGCAGGAGCGCUUCCGCAGCCUCGUCCCCGGCUACAUCCGCAACUCGGCCGCUGCCGUGGUGGUUUAUGACAUCACAAACCUCAACUCCUUCCAGCAAACCUCAAAGUGGAUUGAUGAUGUCAGAACAGAGCGAGGAAGUGAUGUCAUAAUCAUGCUGGUUGGCAACAAAACAGACUUGGCUGAUAAAAGGCAGAUCACUACAGAAGAGGGUGAGCAGAGAGCUAAGGAACUGAAUGUCAUGUUCAUUGAGACCAGCGCAAAGACUGGCUACAAUGUCAAACAGUUGUUCCGCCGAGUAGCUGCUGCCCUGCCUGGGAUGGACAGCACACCUGAGAAGAGCAAAGAGGACAUGAUUGACAUAAAACUAGAGAAGCCUCCAGAGCAGCCUGUGACUGAGAGCAGCUGCUCCUGCUAGUGCCUGCCUCCUUUCUUUCUCCAACAGCUCGUCUCUCAGUGGCCACUUGCACCAACCUCGUAAAAACGCCGUUGGCGAAAGACCCUUCCCCUUUGAUUCAAUGACUUUUCAGAGUAACCUUGUGGAUGUGCUAUUAAUUAAACAAUCAAGACAAAAAAAAGUAAAAAAGCUGAAGUAGUUAAAUCACAGGAUAAGUUAAAUGCAGAUGUGCUCAAACUCUCAUCUAUUACAACUGCAUGGCGUAUAUAGGAUUGAGACUGAGAUAGCUUCUCCCGCCACUUCUGAGUUCUUGCACUUUUAUGGCGCAAAAUCGGUGUCGUCACACUUGUCAUUGUUGUAAAAAUAAUGAUCGUUUUUGAAUAUAUAGACACAUAUUGUGAACUUCAGUGAAGGCCUCUGCUUUUUAUUUGGUUGGUGAGGAGGGAGAACAGCAGGUGCUGUAGUCACAUUGAAACUAACGAAAGCUUUGGUCACCAUUACAUUUAAUGAAACGUCAUUAGCUUUUCUGCGGCCAGACUCAGGCUGACUGGAAAUAUUGGUAGUUUAAAUGGUAACGGUUAGCAGCAAGUGCUUCUGCACCUUCAUUAGUCUUGAGUGGUUUGAACCACUGCACUGCUAGUCGUUCUGUCCUGUUUACAGCUGAGAGAGGUUUGGAUCCAGUCGUGGUUGGCAUAUUAAAUUAAUUAGAAUUUUAAAAUUGAACUGUAAAUGGUCAAUAGGGCUGUACAAAGUGGUACCCUGUAGAGGAAAGCCCAUUGUCUCAUGGUACAUUACCUUAAAAAAGGGUAUGCUGAAAAGAAUGUAUAUCAGAAUAAACAGAAAACCAGAUGUGCAUUUUAGAUAUUAGACAUUUAGCCCAA